GUGAAAUGGAACUCACAGAGCUGGGGGGUAGAGGCCUGCUUGUGAAGUCUAGCCUGGGGCUCUGUUCCCUGUAGAUGGCAGCUGCCCUCCAGCAGGGCUAGUGACAGGAAAAAGUCUUGCAGACUGUGAAGUGCUUUUUCAAAUUUGGAAGGGAAUAUGAGUAUCUGGCUCCUGAUGUGGGAGUGACACCCUGGCCCAGUGAGAGAGGACUGAGUUUGGGGGGCCAGGGUAGGGGUGGGAGGGGCCUCUCACCCAGGGAAACGGCUCCGUGGUGGAGCAGCUGAGGUGCAGCUGGGCCUGUGGCCUGGGAGGCUGUCUUGUGGGCGCCUCUUCCCCAGCCCACACCUCAGGUCUGCAGCUGGGUCCUGCUUCUCUCAUGUGGCAUGGCGGAGACUUGGCUACUGCUCCUCCUGGCCCUCGGGUGUCCAGCCCUGCCCACAGAGGUAACCACCCUCCUGAGGCUGGCACAACAAGGUUUGGGUGGCACGCCUUUCCCCUCUCUGGCCCCGCCAGUCACACUGCUGGUGAAUGGGAAGCAACAGAUGCUGGUGGUCUGCCUGGUCCUGGAUAUUGCACCCCCUGGCCUUGAGAGUCCCAUCUGGUUCUCAGCUGGCAAUGGCAGUGCACUGGAGGCCUUCACCUAUGGCCCUUCUCUAGCAGCGGAUGGCACCUGGACUAGGUUAGCCCAGCUCUCCCUGCCCUAUGAGGAGCUAGCAGCCUGGGAGAGCUUGGUCUGCCACACUGGGCCUGGGAACCUCAGUUGGAGCACACAGCCCCUACAGCUCUCAGGUAAGGCUUCCUCAGCCAGGACCUGCCUCUGGGAGUCUCUCGGGGGAACGCGGGGCCUGGAGCUGCGGCUGGGGGCGCUGCGGCUGCUGCUGUUCAAGCUGCUGCUGGUGGACGUGCUCCUGACCUGCAGCCACCUGCGCGCCCAGCCCGCCGCGCGAGGGGACCCGGCCGCCACGCCGGGCCCGCGGGCCCGCCGCCUCCCCGCACCCCCCUCGGCCGCGCGCGCCGGCUGCCCUCUCCACCCGCCGGCUCGGCGCGGUAGGCAGCCCUCGGCGGCCCCCAGCCACCGCCUUCUCGGCUGCGACGCGGGGUCAGGCCGGCGCGGGCUCGCGGGGUCGGCCCCCAUGACGCUGCCGUCUCGGGACGGUCGCGGGGUUCACGCCCGCCUUCCGCGUCGGGAUCCCAGGGCCCCAUUCUGA